UUGGUUUGCAACUCGACUUUUAUUUGCGAACAGUUAUUUCCAGCCCCAUUCCCUCGUUCCCAAUUCCUCCCCCCUUCCCACCUCCGCGUCGCUGAUGCCACUGCAAAAAGCAGAGUCAAGACGGCUCAGUUAGCAGCAUGUCUCGUCGAAAGCAAGCGAAACCCCAGCAUCUCAAGUCGGACGAAGAGCUGCAAGCGGAGGUAGUUUCUGAGCACGCAGUCUCAGGAGAAGGAGCAGAUGAUGGUGAUAGUGGGAACGAGAGCAGGAGUGGAAGCGAAGAAACCAACGUUUGCGAGAAGUGCUGCGCCGAGUUCUUCAAGUGGACGGACUUCCUGGAGCACAAGAAGAGCUGCACUAAGAACCCCCUGGUGCUGAUCGUGAAUGAAGAUGAAGCAGCUCCACCACCUGCUGAGGAGUUCCCCGAGCCCUCACCUGCCAGCUCUCCUAGUGACCAGGCUGAGAGUGAAGCCACUGAAGAAGGCGCCCAGGCAGAAAACAACGAUAGCACUGAGAUAAAAAACACCGAAAAGGAAGAAGAGCCGAUGGAGGUAGAAACUUCUGCAGAGAAAAGUUUCCAGAAUCAAGGCACCUCAACCACAGCUACUCCUCUACCUCAGAUCCCUGAACCAUCUUCCAUGACAAGCUAUAACAUGCCAAACACCAACGUCACGCUAGAGACCCUGCUGAGCACCAAGGUGGCAGUUGCGCAGUUCUCACAGAGUGCACGGAACACCGCUGCUGCGAGCAUCGGCAGUGGGGUGACAGCCGUGGCCAUCCCCAUGAUCCUGGAGCAGCUCAUGGCCCUGCAGCAGCAGCAGAUCCACCAGCUCCAGCUCAUCGAGCAGAUCCGCAGCCAAGUGGCGAUGAUGAACCGCCAGCCGCUGCGGCCGUCCCUCAACCCGGUGGUGGCCGCCCCGGGCGGUGCCGGGCAGGCGUCCAGCCAGCUGCAGGGCUUUGCCACCAGCACUGCCGUCCAGCUCACUGCCGUCAUCCCUCCCGCCAUCGUGGGGCAGUCUGCCAGCGCUCAGCCUGCUGCCUUCGACGGCUCUCAGCACAUCUCAAGACCUACAUCUGGAGCGAGUACACCCAAUAUAUCCAGUGGCGGCUCUUCGGCCCCACCUGAAUCGAGCAUACCUUCCUCCUCGAAUGCGAUCACGUCCAUAACUCCCGUUUCCGUGUCAAACGCUCCCAACAGCGCUUCGCAGCCCCAGAACGCUUCGACUCCGCCUUCGAUAGGACAUGGAAACCUCACCUCGGUGUCCAGCCUGCCAAACCCACUUCUACCUCAGACCUCGUCAAAUAGUGUGAUCUUCCCCAACCCGCUGGUUAGCAUUGCUGCGACGGCUAAUGCACUGGAUCCUCUGUCCGCCCUUAUGAAGCACCGCAAAGGGAAACCACCGAAUGUGUCGGUGUUUGAACCCAAGUCAAGCUCCGAGGAUCCCUUUUUUAAACAUAAAUGCCGAUUUUGUGCCAAGGUCUUUGGAAGUGACAGUGCUUUACAAAUUCACCUCCGCUCGCAUACAGGCGAAAGACCUUUUAAGUGUAACAUAUGCGGAAACCGCUUUUCCACAAAGGGCAACCUGAAAGUUCAUUUCCAGAGGCAUAAAGAGAAAUACCCUCACAUUCAGAUGAACCCUUAUCCCGUUCCAGAAUACCUCGAUAAUGUGCCGACCUGCUCCGGAAUCCCAUACGGGAUGUCGCUGCCCCCAGAGAAGCCAGUCACAACGUGGUUAGACAGCAAACCCGUUUUACCGACCGUCCCGACUUCCAUCGGGCUCCAGCUGCCCCCCACUAUACCUGGUGUGAACAGUUACAGUGAUUCUCCGAGCAUCACUCCCAUGAGCAGGUCACCCCAGAGGCCUUCUCCUGCCUCCAGCGAAUGCACUUCUCUGUCCCCAAGCCUCAACACUUCGGAGUCAGGCGUUCCAGCCUCUGCCGAGUCCCCGCAGCCUGUCCAGAGUGGCUCAGCUCUGCCCAAGGCAGAACCCGUCACUCUGCCUCCCACAAGCACGCGGCUUGGGGACCUUUCUGUGAGCGGGCAAGUUUCCACAGCUUCCACAUCUUCAAUUUCUACGGCUGUUACGGACAGCAGCGUUGCAACAAGCCUCCCAAACCCUGUGCUUCCAGCAGUGUCCGACCAGUUCAAGGCAAAGUUUCCAUUCGGUGGUCUGCUAGACUCUAUGCAAACAUCAGAAACCUCAAAACUACAACAGCUCGUGGAGAACAUUGAUAAGAAGAUGACAGAUCCAAAUCAAUGCGUCAUUUGUCACCGUGUGCUUAGUUGUCAGAGCGCUCUCAAGAUGCAUUACAGAACGCAUACAGGAGAAAGACCAUUUAAAUGCAAAAUUUGUGGACGUGCCUUUACUACAAAAGGCAAUCUAAAAACACAUUUUGGAGUUCAUCGAGCGAAGCCACCACUUAGAGUACAGCACUCGUGUCCCAUUUGUCAGAAGAAAUUUACAAAUGCAGUUGUUCUUCAGCAGCACAUUCGUAUGCAUAUGGGCGGGCAAAUUCCAAACACGCCGCUACCAGAGGGCUUCCAGGACGCCAUGGACUCAGAGCUUUCCUAUGAUGAGAAGAACGUUGACACCCUGAGCAACUUUGAUGAUGACAUUGAUGAAAAUUCUAUGGAGGAGGACCCGGAGCUAAAGGACACGGCAAGUGACUCAUCCAAACCCCUCAUCUCUUACUCUGGGUCAUGUCCUUCCUCGCCACCUUCUGUGAUCUCCAGUAUUGCUGCUUUGGAGAAUCAAAUGAAAAUGAUUGAUUCUGUCAUGAACUGUCAGCAGCUGACCAGUUUAAAAUCCAUAGAAAAUGGAUCAGGGGAAAGCGACCAUUUGAGCAACGACUCCUCAUCAGCCGUGGGCGAUCUCGAAAGCCAGAGCGCAGGCAGCCCUGCGAUGUCAGAGUCUUCUUCCUCCAUGCAAGCUCUGUCUCCUGUAAAUAGCAAUAGCGAGAGUUUCAGAUCAAAGUCCCCCGGUCUCAGUAACCAGGAAGAGCCACAAGAAAUACAAUUAAAGACAGAAAAACCAGACAGCCCACCACCUGCCACUGAAAAUGGAGGCGCAUUAGAUCUGACAUCCACCAACCCGGGAAGACCAGUCAUCAAAGAGGAGGCUCCUUUUAGCCUGCUGUUCCUGAACAGAGAACGUGGUCCCAGCCAAAGUACUCCUAGCCUGGUCACCAGUACAGCACCUACCAUGAUCAAAAUGGAAGUGAAUGGUCACAGCAAGCCGAUCUCUUUGGGUGAGGUUCCCUCGCUUCCAGCUGGAAUCCAGGUUCCUGCUGCACCACAGACAGUGAUGAGUCCGGGGAUCACCCCUAUGCUGGCACCCCCCCCUCGCCGGACUCCCAAGCAGCACAACUGUCAGUCGUGCGGGAAGACCUUCUCCUCAGCAAGUGCACUGCAGAUACACGAGCGCACCCAUACUGGUGAAAAACCGUUUGGUUGCACAAUCUGUGGUAGAGCUUUUACCACAAAGGGGAAUCUUAAGGUUCACAUGGGAACCCACAUGUGGAAUAACGCCCCUGCCCGCCGUGGCCGCCGCCUCUCUGUGGAAAACCCCAUGGCUCUGCUCGGCGGCGACGCACUCAAGUUCUCCGAGAUGUUCCAGAAGGAUCUGGCAGCUCGGGCCAUGAACGUUGACCCCAAUUUUUGGAACCAAUAUGCUGCGGCUAUCACUAACGGACUCGCUAUGAAGAACAAUGAGAUUUCUGUCAUACAGAACGGAGGCAUCCCCCAGCUCCCAGUAAGUCUCGGCGGAGGUGCCAUCCCGCCUCUGAGUAACCUUACCGGUGGCAUGGACAAAGCUCGCACGGGCAGCAGCCCUCCCAUUGUUGGUCUGGACAAAGCAAGCUCGGAAACGGGAGCCAGUCGUCCAUUCACCAGGUUUAUUGAGGAUAAUAAAGAGAUUGGCAUAAAUUAAAAGCAUUCAUUCUGAAUAACUGUUGGACCACUCCUCGGCACAACACUUGUCCUGUUCCGUGUACAGCUUUUGAAGCUAAGCAUUAGUUUCCUGACCUAAAUGCAUAGGUUCCCUUUAAAGUCUUACCCAUAGCAGAAAUACAUAACUUUGUGGCUGCUGAAAAGUUGUCUUGCAAGAUCUGCAUGGUACUUCUUUCAACAGUGAGUUUGACUGUUACCAAGAACUUUGAAACCUUUUAAUUUAACAGAAAACAAACAAACAAACAAAUCAUGGGAUAACUUCAUUAGAAACAGAAAGAGGCUAGUCUACGUCCACUUUGCUUCUUACAAAACUUACUGUCACCUGAGAGCGGGGGGCUUCAUUACGGCAUUCUGUCACACUUAUUUGCUGGUUUUGUUCCAAUUAGUUAGCAACUUGGACUAUGUUUUUAGGAAUCUUAAUCUUAAAUAAGUGAUUUAGUACCCCAAUGCUGUGUAUUAUUACAGUAUCCUUGUCUGUAGUAUUUAUAAUGUUAAGAUUAUGCGGGUAACAGACAAUAUACUAGCCCCAAACUUAAAUGAAGCUUUUGUACUGCAAAAUACAUCUGGCUAUGUGAUUUUUCUUUUUUUUUUCCUUUUUUUUUCCUUUUUUAAAAGAAAAAACACCAAGUUUUGUUUUACUAUAAAUAAGUGGUUUAUUUCAAUUCAGGCAAAAUUGUGAAGUUUUAUUGGGAAAGAUAGCAUGCUUUUCAUGUGCAAGUACCUGUCAGUAACAAACCUUUUUUUUUUUUUUUUAUUUAAAUAUUUGUAGCUGCUAUGUGGACAGUUGUUCUAUUAAAUGAAAAAAAAAUGUAGUGUGGAUUUUAGCUCAAUGAUUGGAAAACAAGUUACAGACAAACCUUAGCACCGUAAGUUAUUCACAACAUUAUAAACGGUUGUGAGUAAAUACUCCAUGUUAUCAAAGCUGUAUAAUAAAAAGGUAAUGUUUGUAUAAUGUGGUUGCAAACUCUUAAUUUAUACUAUUGCACUUUUAGUAUUUUGUAUUAGGGAGGUUUGUCUAUAAUUUGAAACUGAACAAAGAUGUAAACUAUUUUAUAAAUAGUACUUUGACUUGAGGAAUAAGGAGGAGAACCGUGUUGCAGUUUCUUGUUUUGUUUUAAGGUCGAACGACGAGAGAUCUCUAUUAACUAAGCAGAAAAGCCGCAGAGAACUGUCAGAUCCUUAGGAGAUACGGGGCCUGCCAUUUCGUAAAUGGAAAUGAUUCAUUUCACUUUUCUACAAAGCCCACUUAAAAGAGUGACCACCCCUGACAGAAUUCUGAUGCAUUUGUCUUAGGAGUGUGAUACUAAUAUGAGUCUAAGGUAGAGGAAGGAAAGCAUUGCAUAGGUUUAAUUUUGCUGUGAUCUGUUCUGUCCCUUUCACACAUACCCACGAGAACAAUGUCGCCUGCCUAAUAGCACGGGAACGAAGUAAGGACUCUUGGGCAGCGUGAGCAGUAGUAAUAGACAAUUGUUCUGUUUGCAUUUCCAACCCUGGCUGAUUAUCUUCUCAGAUUGCUCCAAAGCACAAUGUACCCUGAUUAAUCAAAUAUAAUUUUCUGUUGAUUGCAUUGUUUAAAUUACACCAAGUAAAUAAAGGGAAUGGUUCCACUUGGAAGCUAGGCUGGGGAUGCUGAGGAGACUGGGGCUUAAUCGAAACUUGAACAGUAACCGUUCUGUGUACUACCUCAUUUUUGUGCAUUACGAGCAUGGUGGAGUUGACACCAUGAACUUCCGUCCGGCAGAAUUGCUUGAGGGACAUGAUGGGUAGCUGGGUAACAGCGCAAGGAGUUUUAUGCCCCUGAAGAACAAAUCAGACAGUGAGGUCUUCUCAGUUGAGGCUGAAAAAUAGGACAAUCUUUCUUACACAACAAAAACCAUUACUGUAAGAGGAUGGACUAUUUCUGCCAUCAUGUAAUGGAGUGAAGAGAGGUUCAAAGACUUAUUAGCUGUUUGUUUCUGUGGGAAAUGAACAAUGAACUCUACAGCUCCAUUUCCUGCAGUGAUGAGAUAGAGAUAUAUAGAUAUAUCUAUCUAUAUAUAAGCAAAACUAUGUAUCUGUAACGCCUCUACAAUACAACAUCUUUUUUUGCCACAGUGCAUGGGUGGUUAGGGGUGUUUCCAAGCAUUGGAAAAAAAAAAAAAAUAAAAAGGAAAACUGAGGUGGCUUAAUGUUGCUGUAUUUCAGCAAUUGAAUGUUUUUAUUUAUCUGUGUCAUUUUUGGUGUGACUUUUUUUUUUUUGGGUAGUAUUUGGUACCAUGUAGUGUUAUCUCUGUUCCCUAAAGGACGUGUAUAACUUAAAAAAAAAAAAAAAAGAAAGAAAAGGAAAAAAAAGAGAAGAAAAAAUGAAAAAGGAAAAAAUGAAAAAAGAUGUAAAGUGUUGUAAAUAAGAUGGUUGAAGAUGGUACAGUAAGACUGACCCCAUUUUGUAUUCAGGGUUAGGUCAUUCCUCUCUGCAUGGUGAAGAGAGACACUAUUUUUAUACUGUGAUACCAUGUAGGGCUAGGAGCCUCCCUGAACCAGCUGGGAAUUGUUACCUAGAUCCAAUAUUUUUUAUUAUUAAAUCUUGUUGGCUUGACACAUCUACUGAUUGAAAUGGAUGUCUUAGUCUAGGUUACUAUUUUUGUCAUAUGGAAUUGAAUAAAAUGCAGGAUGUAAUAUUAUUUCUGAAUUGCGUUCCUUGAUUAUUCUAAUAACAGAGCAAGAUAUGAGACUAAGGUCACUUGUGGUAGAUUGGUGUCAAUGACUUCUAAUCGUUGCAUCUGAAAAUCGGAAUAAGGGCGACACCUUAUUAUUCAAAUGCUAUUCUAAUAUAUAUUAACAGUGCAAAGGGGUAGAAUUAUUAAAGUCUCUUUUCCAAUGAAAAUAAAUCAUAAAAGCAUUAUACACAAGACAGUAGGAAAAACAAAACCCCAAAAUAUUUUGGAGGGGGGAAAACAGCUUUUGGAAGGACUACUGCUUCAAAUUGACUGCUUUCUGAACACUUACCAUGUACUGUCUACCAAAAAAAGCCUUCUUUUCAUGUUGUUGGAACAUCUGCCUAAUAUUCACGAUACACUGCAUGAUCAAAUUUGGGAAG